GGGUGAGCUGUCAUGCGUUACUACGACGUGAGCUUAGAAGCCGCGUAAAUAUGGCCGCGGCCAUAAUGAGUGGUUACUACUACGACCGUGUGUAAUGAGAACGCGUGAUGUUUGUGAUUGUUCUUGUUGGUGUACGGUGAUGAGAUCGACGUGUCAUCGGCAAAGAUGAGCGAAAGAAAGUUUACUCGUGGCCUGGGUAAGCCGGGCAUGGCUGCUCAAUUACGGGAGACUGUCUCUCAGGUAGUACGUGAGAGUACCGUACAGAAUAAGCCACAUUUAGUAGAACCUAUAGACUUUGAAAGUUUUGUAUUAAAGAAUAAAACUUUAUUACAAAAUGAUCCGCAGAGAGAGCUUCUAUUAUAUCCUCAAGAUGAUGUUUCACAAGUGGUAUUGCCUAGAAGAUACCGUACUCUUGUACCAACAGUACCACAAGUUUCAGAUAACGAGGAAAGAACAGAAAACCUUCUUACGAAAGAAUGUUUGCGAAGCUAUACAUCUAAUUGGAAUCUUAUACAUUACAAAUAUUCAGCAUAUAGUGGAACUUAUCUUGAAUUGCCCAAAAUAUCAAAAGCAGAUGAUCUGAAAGAUGAAGUAUAUGAAAUUGAUACAGAUGUAGACCAAGUUGAUGAGGAGUUAACAAAAAGUAAUGGAAUAACAAAAGAAGGCUAUUUAAUGAAAGGACCAGAAAUUGGUAGCAGCGAUCGUAUGUUUGCAAAUAUUGGUUCAAAAUCAUUCAAGAGACGAUUUUGUCAUCUUAGACAAGAAGUUGAUGGCACUUAUAUUCUUGAACUUUUUAAAGAUGAAAAAAAAGGAGAAGCGAAAUUAACAAUAGUAAUGGAUUUUUGCACCGAAGUUGUUAGGAAUCCGAAACGUGGAAGGUAUUGUUUUGAGUUAAGAAUGAGCGGGACUCAUAAAUCGUAUACUUUAGCAGCAGAUAAUGAGACAGAUAUGCAAGAUUGGUUAUUAAAGUUGAGCUCUGUAUUACAACAUUAUAAACAACAAGAAGAAAAACGUGCUGCUUCAUUAGAAAGAACAUGUAAUACACCCCCUCCUUCACCUCAACCUAUACAGGUUUAUGGAACGUUAAAAGGCUUGGAGCAAAGCAUGAAUCCACAGCUAAUCAAAUAUUCUAGAGAAACUGAUACCAGUAUAGCAUUAGCUAGACGUGAAAAUCGUAAAAGAUUAUUCAGUAUUUACCCUCAUAUUCCACAUAGCAAGCAACACCCAGGCAAUUCUAAUGAACAAAAUAUUGAUCCAUACAAAGAACAAUUUGGACAUAGAAUUUUUGUGAAAUGUGAAAGUCUUAAAUUUAGAUUACAAGCACCAAUAGAUGAAAAGGAGUCAUUGUGUCAGGUGGAACCAUAUCAAACAACAUUAAGUCUUUACGAUGCGAGGAAUGGUAGAAAACUUACAGAAAACUUUCAUUUUGAUAUUAAUCAUGAAGUUGUUCAAGAAAUGGUAAAAGAACUAAGUCCUGUAGGUAUUAUGACAGAAUCUACAGAAAAUAUGAAAUUACCAGAUGACUUAAAAAAUAUACCAUUAGAUUGGAUUAAAUAUCCAAAACAGGCCAUAUUUAGUAUUAGUAAUCCUCAUCCUGAUAUAUUCUUGGUUGUAAGAAUAGAUAAAAUAUUACAAGGAAACAUAUGCCAAACUUCGGAACCAUAUUUAAGAGCUGCAAAAGAUCCACGAUUAGGUUUGAAACUGCACAAACAAGUCAGAGCAUGUUGUCAAAGACUGGGGAAUUACAGAAUGCCUUUUGCUUGGGCUGCCAGACCAUUAUUUAGAUUAUAUAGUAACGAAUUAGAUACAUCGUCAGAUUUUCCAGCAAUAUAUAGACAAGAAGGAAAUAAAAUUAAGGACGAUGAAUUAUUAAAACUUCUUUCAGAGUAUAGAAAACCUGAAAAGCUUAGUAAAUUGACUGUGAUACCUGGCUGGUUAAAAAUAAAAGUUGAGUCAAUUACAGAAUUACCUGACAAUACAUUGUCUACAUCCUUAACAGCUUUAAAGCCAUUUCCAUUACCACCAACGUCUGAACCAACUCUUGAAGUUGCAGAAUUUGAAAGUACUUCGGAAAAAGACGUUCAUCCUUACACAACGUACAUUAACCAUCUUUAUGUAUAUCCACAAACUCUAUGCUUCGAUACUCAAAAAAUAUUUACAAGAGCCAGAAAUAUUGCGUGCAUCGUUGAAUUACGGAACGAUGACAGCGAAGAUACUACGCCUUUAAGAUGUAUAUAUGGAAGACCUGGUGCUCCACUUUUAUGUUUACGAGCAUGUUGUGCAGUUUUACAUCAUAAUGCAAUUCCCUCUUGGUACGAAGAAAUCAAAAUACGGUUACCGACGAAACUUCAUUCUAAGCACCAUUUACUGUUUUCUUUCUAUCAUAUAAGUUGUGAUAUGAACAAGAAGAAAGAAAAUGGAGUCGAAAACUGUGUUGGUUAUGCUUGGUCCCCUUUGUUAUAUAAGGGAAGAUUAAAUGUGGAUAUGGAUAUGAACGUACAAACAUUACCCGUGGCAACACACUUACCUCCAGGAUAUCUUUCUAUACAACCACUUGGGCUUGGAAAAGGGAAUGCAGGACCGGAAAUUAUUUGGAUUGAUUCUCAACGGCCAGUGUUCACAGUAGCUUUUCAACUAAUUUCAACUGUAUUUACACGUGAUGUACACUUGCAUAAUUUAUUUGCUCACAUGGAACGAAUUCUGGACACGAAACUGGGAGCAAUGCCAGCGGAUUCGGAAACUUGCAAAAUAUUAAAAGCUGCUCACGCAGUACAGCUAGUUACUGUUAUCACCUUUCUUCCUACAAUAUUGAAUCAACUGUUUACAUUAUUAACUUAUACUAUGAACGAGGAAGUUGGAUUAUUUAUUAUAAGAGUUUUAAUACAUUUUAUAAAUAUGGUGCACGAAGCUGGGAGAAAGGAAACUCUUCAAGCUUACAUUAAGUUUGUAUUUGUAUCGCCUUCGCAAGGAAAUGGCAGUAUAACAGUUCAUGAGCAAUUAGGAAAACAUCUUCCUACAUUGUUGCAACCAAGUAACACUGAUUUCUUAGUAGUAAAUAAAUUCAUGCACCACUCCAGCUUCUUUUUCGAAAUAAUGAUCAAAAGCAUGGCUCAACAUUUACUUUCAACAGGAAGAAUAAAGAUGCACAGGAAUGAAAGAUUUUCUAAAGAAUACCAUGACAAAAUUCGAAGUUUAGUAGAAGUUAUUAUGCCUUAUCUUAUGACCAAGUAUAAAGAAAUGCCCGUUGAAACACAUGAAUUGAACAAAAGUCUUGCACAGUUCCUAAAACGAUGUCUUACAUUCAUGGAUCGUGGAUAUGUGUUUCGUCUCAUCAAUUUGUACAUAGACAACUUUUCUCCUGGAGAUCAACGUACGCUGCAUGACUUCAAAUUUACGUUCCUGCAAAUAAUUUGUUCCCAUGAACACUAUGCGUCUUUCAACUUGCCGAUGAUGCAAUCACGAAUUACUUCCAGAGAAGAUACAGAGAGUGAUCCAGAAUGUGAUGAUUUAAUGAGCGAGUAUUGUUUAUCUGAGGAUUUUUGUAAACAUCACUUUUUGGUUGGACUCUUAAUGCAAGAAGUCAAAACUUCUCUAAAUGAAAUUAUACAAAUUCGAAAAGUAGCAAUAGCUACAUUAAGAGAUUUAGUGGCAAAACACGAACUUGAUGAUAGAUAUCAAAAUAAGGGUCAAUUAAGUAGAAUAGCAUCCAUUUACAUACCGUGGCUAGGUAUUGUAUUGGAAAAUUUACAUCGACUGCAAUCUGUACAUGAUAAUAAAGCAGACGCUAAACAAAAUGGUAUCAGUAGAAUAUCAACUAGUAGUUCAUUUUUAGCAAACAAAGAUACUAGUAGUAAUACAACUACUACUGGAACUCCAAAGUCAAUUCAUAGACUCACGUUACACUUGGAUACACAGUCUCCAAUACGAGCAUCCAUGCAUUUACGUGAUUCUACGUAUUUCGCUGCCAUAGCAGGUCAAGGUUUGGUUAACGGUUACUCCUGUACUAGUAUAGAGUCAGAUACUUCAACCAUGUCUGGCGCCUCUCAGUCAAAUAUAUCUCAAGAAACGACUAUCAUUCGUGAACCUAUCGAAAAUGGUACUGGUGAGAAAAAGAGACAUUCACGUUCCUUGAGCGUAACACAGUCAUCGCCUAGAUGUGAUAAAUUGCAAUCGUCAGAAGUUAGAGACAUAUUACUUUGUUUCCUAUUUGUUAUAAAAUAUUUGGGUGAUCAUCAGGUCAUUGCAUGGUGGCAGCAAUGCAGCGAUUGUGAAAUUUUAAACUUCUUUUCAGUAAUAGAAAUGAGUUUGCACCACUUUAAAUAUGUUGGAAAAAGACAAAUAACUACGAAUGCUGCAAACAGUUGUGGAAAACCUCGAACAGUAAAAGCAAUGACAUUGCCGGCUAGAAUGGCACCACCUGAUUUUUCUACUGAAGGGUCUGCCACUAGUACUUUACAACCUCAUAACAAUACACUAAGAGAAAAUCUUGUUGAAACUGACAGUGGAAAAGUACAUCAAGUUUUAUUAGAAGCAAAUAUGGCAACAGAAAUUGGUCUCAUUGCAUUGGAUUGUUUAGGACUAUUCUGUAUUCAUUUUAAGGAUGUACUUUUAGCGGCAGAUGGAGAUAAUCCUAUAAUGCAGAAAGUUUUCAGUAUAUAUUUGUCAUUCUUGCAAGUUGGCCAAUCUGAAACUUUGCUGCGUCAUGUUUUCGCUAGUUUUAGAGCUUUCUUAAAUAAUUAUUCUAUAAUUCUUUUUCAAGGGAAUGCAGUUCUUUGUGGACGUUUGUGUUAUGAAUUACUACGUUGCUGUAAUAGUAAACUGAGCUCCAUUAGGCAAGAGUCCUGUGCUUUGCUUUACCUUCUUAUGAGAAGUAAUUUUGAGUUCACUAGCAGGAAGGGGUUAACUAGAGUUCACUUACAAGUGAUAAUAUCAGUUUCCCAAAUGCUUGGAAAUGUUAUUGGAUUGAAUAAUUCAAGAUUUCAAGAAUCGCUUUCAUUAAUAAAUAGUUAUGCUUCGUCUGAUAAAGUGAUGAAAGGUACUGGUUUUCCAGUUGAAGUUAAAGAUCUUAAUAAAAGGAUUCGAACAGUUUUAAUGGCGACAGCCCAAAUGAGAGAACACAAUAAUGAUCCUGAAAUGUUGGUGGAUUUACAACAUAGUUUGGCUAAUUCGUAUGCUAGUACACCAGAAUUAAGGCAUACGUGGUUAGAAACUAUGGCUAGAAAUCAUGCAAGGGAUGGAAAUUUUUCAGAGGCCGCUUGUUGUCAAUUACAUAUCGCUGCAUUAAUGGCGGAAUAUUUGAAAUUGAAGAAAGUUCACACGUGGGGAGCGGAAGCCUUUGACAAAAUCUCUGAAAAUAUUUCUAGAGACGAAUGUAGCCUUAAACUCGAUGCUGGUGAGAUUUGUGUGCAAGAUAUUCAUUACAACGACUAUCUACUUCUUGAACAAUUGGAAGUUUGUGCUGACAUAUUAGAAAAAGCAGAACGAUUCGAACUCCUUGGACAUUUGUAUCGAUUAAUAGUUCCUAUGUAUGAAGAAAAACGAAAUUACGAAGCUUUAGCAAAUUGUUAUUCGCAUUUGGCACAAGCCUGUAAUAAGAUUGUCGAGGUUACUAAGUCUGGGAAGAGACUUCUUGGAAGGUUCUAUAGAGUUGCAUUUUUUGGCUCGGCGUAUUUUGAGGAUGAAAAUGGUCAAGAGUACAUUUACAAAGAGCCAAAAAUUACAUCUUUAUCAGAAAUUUCAGAGCGUUUACAUCAUUUAUAUUCCGAUAAAUUUGGUUCAGAGAAUGUCAAGAUGAUAAUGGACUCCGUGCCUAUCGAUGUAACUGAAUUAGAUCCAAAACUAGCAUAUAUUCAAGUGACACAUGUUACGCCUUACUUUGAAAAAUUUGAAUUAGAUACACGACAAACAGAAUUCGAACAGAAUCACAAUGUGUCGUGUUUCAUGUUUGAAACACCAUUUACUAAAGAAGGAAAAGCAAGAGGUAAUCCAGAAGAUCAAUGGAAACGGAGAACAAUUGUUACAACUCAAUAUUCCUUUCCAUACAUUAAAAAACGCAUCUUGGUAACUGAAAAACGGUUAAUGGAACUGAGUCCAAUUGAAGUUGCUUUGGAUGAAAUGCGACAGCGCGUCCAAGAGUUAGAAGAUGUCGCUCUUAUAGGUCCGACAGAUGUGAAAAAAUUACAAUUAAGGCUACAAGGAAGCAUAUGUGUUACGGUAAAUGCUGGACCACUUGCAUACGCUUCUGCAUUUUUAGAUCCUGCAUUGUCGCCACAAUAUCCAGAUGAUAAAGUUGAAGAACUAAAAGAUGUCUUUAGAGAGUUUGUUAAGAUAUGUUACACAGCGCUUCAAAUAAAUAGCAAAUUAAUAACAUCUGAUCAACACGAAUAUCAAGAAGUGUUACGUGAAAAUUAUCAGAAACUAUGUCAGAAUUUAUCAUCUUUGCUUGGAGAACCUAUUUGGCCUGAUGAACAAGUUGGUAAUUUUAAACGUAAUAGCGCUGCUUUGUUUAGUGCUAUCAGUGGUGCUAAUAAUCAUACAAGUACAGCCUAAAAUGAUGAUUAAAAUGAUGUCAUCUGUAACUAAAUUAGCUUUGUUUUUAAAGUAAUUUCUUAUGUAAGUGAAUGGUACAAAUUUAAUUACACACAGUGCUCCACUAAAGUUACUCCAUUUUAAUAUUUUCGCUAUUUUAAAUAAUAGGAGAAACUGAAAUUGACGUUCAAAUCUCUAUGAAAGAAAACAAUUCUCACCAUAUUAUAUUAGGCUUAAAGCAGUACAGUUUUUGUAAGCAAUAUCUCUCUCUCUCUCUCUCUCUCUCUAUUACUCGAAACAGCGAAGAUAAAAAUAACUUGUUUUCAAUGAGUUACUGUAUUCUAAUUGAUUAUUAAUUUACUUAAGCACAAAAGACACUCUGUUACUACUUGUGGUUGUUAUUAUAAUAGUACGUAAGUCAAUUACUACACUUCCACUUUGCUGUCAUAAUCAAACUUUUUUUAAUUAUUGUAUGUACUAAAUGGUAUUGCUUAAGUAUUAUCCAUUUAUUGUAACUUUUGGUCAUUUUUAUUCGAGGACUUUACUGGAUAAAAUGGAUAAAAAUCAUAAACAGUGGACGUAAAAUACUAUAUCUAAAAACAAUAUAAAAGUAUUACACUGUGGCCUAAUGCAAAUGUCCUCAAUAAUUUGAUCACUGCCAUAUUUUCAUAUGUAACAUAUAUAUGCCAUAUUUAGCAUAUAUACACUCUUUUUAGUGCAAAUUUAUACUGACAGAAAAGUAACUUUCAAAAAUAGUAUGUAGAUACUUUACUUUCGUAAACAAAUUUACAUGUUUUCUAACUUAAAGAUUUGUAACUGUCUACACCAAUAUGCAAUUUCUAUCUAUCGAAUAAGAAUAUUAUACAUAUUAAAUCUAGUUGAAUGUAGUAUAUUUUGGUGUCAAGCACCUAAAGGGGCAUUUAUAUAUGCGUACAUAUUGACUUAAGGAUUUAAUGAUUUGUAUAUUGGAAUACGUUGAAUGUGUAGAACUUAAUUUGUAUAUAUUUGUAUAAUUUAUUCUACAUAUAUGUAUUAUGUAAAGAAGAUAUAGCUAGCAAUCAUUCAAUAUUAAUGCAAAUAUUAAUUGAAAAGAGGGAAACGUUUUAUGAGAUAGUAUCAGUUUAAAAAGUUCCACAUUUUAAUCGAAUACGAAUUUUUUACAUAUUCUAUACGGUAAGAAAUUUUGACAAAUUUUGUUGAAAUGGAUAUGAAAAUUUAUAUUUUAUAUAGUCUCUACUACAAUAUUUAUCACAUGAAAUCACGAUAAUCGUUGAAUCUCCUCAUUCUGAUUCACGGUAACACAAAAUUUUAUGGAUAAUGUACUUAACAAAAAUACUGCUUUCUUUCCAAUAAUAUUUUUCAGAAAUUAUUUUUAUUUCAUAUUGUUUGCUUGUCUUCUUUAUAUAAUUUUGUUGUGAUACAUUCUAAAUAAUGCAUAAUAUUUACUGUAUUUUCAUUUUGUACAAUUUUGUUCAAUGCUUUAUGUAUAUAAAAACUACAGCUAAUUAAAAUUUUAUGUAUUUAUAAAAUUUAAUAUCGUAAAUAAUGAGUGUCUUUAAAUUUUGUAUCUCGCUGCAUUUAUUGCACAUAAGAUAACAAUUUUUAAAAAAAGUGGAAUGAACUCUUUUAUUUGAUAAAAAUGAUCUUUACUCUGUUAUGGGUUUCCAUACAAAAAACUAUCUGAAAAUUUUACGUGCUUUUAUGUAUAGUAAAUGUAUAAUUGUAAUUAGUAUGUAUAGACUGUUGUGUUUAAAUAACGAAAUAUUGUUAUUUAUCUUCGGGAAUAUGUGUCACUCAUAGAUAGAACUUGUCUAAAAGAAUGUUUCAAUAGAUACAUUUGAAAACCGUUCGAUAGAAUUGUAAAUGAUUUUGUCAUUGCAUUAUUACAAUUGAUUUUUAUUAAAUUUAACUAGUAUAAAAAAGAAAUACAGCUGUACAUUAGUAACAUAAUAUACGAAUUUGGGGUUCAGUCAUAAAAGAAUGGGUUCACUUCCUAUAAAGUUAAUUGUGUCAUUUUUAAAAUAAAAACAUGCGGUUACAUAUUCUUCCAAAAUUGCAAUUGAUUUGAAAAUUUGAGUAAUGAAUGUAUAGUGAUUUACUGUUGUAAUGCUACAACAAAAAGACUGAAUGCAAACUAUCUAUUUCAGUAUGUAAAUUAAAAAGAUUAGACUUGUACACUGAUAGCAUUUUAAUUAAUGGAUCAAUUUGGAGAUAAUAUAAAUAGUAUUUGACUGAGAAAGGAAGUAAAGCUUAUGUGCCAUAGCAUACUAUUUCUUUCAUUCAGACUGCAUUUUGUAGCUAGGUGUAAUGCAAAUGGACAUCGCACAGAAACGUCUGAAUAUUUGAAAAUGUAUGCUACUAAUUGUUUCAAUUAAUGAUACCAUUAGAAAUAGAAGAAGUUAUGCUUAUAGAAUUAUAAACUAUUUAUACGAAAAAUUAAUUUUAAGAAACAACUACAUAUACUUCAUACAUAUAAAACAUUGGAUUCUUCAUUGCUGAUAUCUAUGUUAAGUAGAAUAAAUUUAUGCCGGAUUUAUACUAAAUGAUCUUUCAUAAAGCUCUCUAGAAAUAAAUGAGGCAAUAAUUGUUAUAUUAAUUUAUAUACUUUCAAAUGUAUUAGGAAAAGGAAAAUCAUGUUUUGUAUGCAUUUAAAGGUUGUCAAAAAUCUUGUUAAAUAUUCUUUUACAAUACAUUUUAAGGGCUAUUCAUAAAUUACGUGAUGUUAAUUUCAUCUGAUCUCUUUCACUGAAGCAAAGCAUGUGUAUAAAAAAGAAAUUACCGAUAAAAUUUUAAUUUACAUAUUUGACAUCCUUUCUUAUAACUUGCUUUUUCUUUGACCAAGCUACCCCUAAGAGUGUGACGUAACUUUUGAACAGCCCAUUAUUUAAUUUUGAGAUUUACUACAAAAUAAUACACACCUAAUAACAAUUAUUACUUCGUUUUGUGUGUUACAUAUACAUGUAUCUUACAUUUAUUUAUUUUUUAAUUAUUAUUUAGCAAAGCAAAAUAUCAAACAAUUUUAGAGGAUAUUCUUGUUCAUAUAAUUGAAGAAGAUGUUUUGUCAAAUGCGGUGUCCCUUUAGUAGUGAAAGUUUUCAUAAAUGAAAGUCAGAAUGCUGUCCAUUAAUACGUUACAACUACUAUUGUCAUUUCUAAUAAAAAUAAUGAUAUUUUGCAUUCAUUGUAAUCUUUUAUAAAGAAGAGAAAAAAAGAAAGAACAAUAUUAAGAACUAUGUAUGUAUGCAAAAGAGAAAAAGCACAUGUCUAAAUUCAGUAAUAUAAAUGAAUGAUGCACGAAAAUAAAUAUUGCAAUUAUAUAAAAAACAUAUAAUCUUAAUUUUAAUAAGUAUCAAAUUAAUUUGUGAUGCAACACUAAAAAUGUAAAUGCUACUUUGUGAGUUUAGUCGAUGUUCGUUAAAUAUGCAUACAUUUGUACAGAUACAUGACAUUUUUUAAUUAGCAAUUAUGUUAAAAAUAAUACUAUUGAAUUACCUUGCAAGUAGAUCAGUUUUUUUGAACUUUAAUAUUAUAAAGCAUUUGAGUAAUUAUUAUAAAUUGCAAUGGGAUAAUAAGUAAAAGGCAUACUCGCACAACGUUUCUGAUAAUUUUACAUUGAAUUAUUUUUAUGCAAAUACAUUGCUUGCAACUUAUAAUACACCGAUGUUAUAAUUAUUGAUAUAUGUGACCAUUAUAGAAACACUGUAUUUGUUACUCCAUUGUGAUUAAGAUAAUAAAAUGACAAAUAACUUGAAAAUGUUAGCUCUAUUGUAAUAAUUCUUCUCAUUGUUAAUUUGUACACUAAUAAUUGACUGAUAUUAAGUUUUUUAAAUAAAUAAAAAUACCGAAAAAUGUGGCGCCAUCUCUCAGUGAACCAUCCAAGUUUGUCGUGAAAUAGUUGCCACUUUGGCGCCGCUAGAUGGCGCCACACUUCCAGGUUUUUCAUUUCUUUAAAAAACUAGGCAUUAGACAAUUAUUAGUGUACUAAUCGACAAUUAUUAGUUGAAUUACGACAGAAAGUAUGUAAAAUUACGUUUACAUGCAGAAAAAAGUAGAGAAUAUAUAUUUUGAAAAUUUUCAUGUUCGUGGCGUUAUCGAACGACGCCGAGAUGGAAACUAUUUCACGACAAACUUAAAGAGUUCACCAAAAGAUAGCGCCACAUGUUACGGAAUUUUUAUUUAUAUAAAAAAAUUUAAUAUCAUUCAAUUAUUAGUGUACAAAUCAACAAUUAGAAGUUGAAUUAUGAUAAUUACGAUGUAAAAUUAUAUGAAUAUGCAGAAAAAAGUAAAGAAUUGAUACCAAUCGCGGGUCCAUUAGCUUGCCUCUAAAUUCAAAUAAUUAAUGAUUUUUGCAAGAAAUGUGAUAUUAAGUUGCAAGGGAAUAAUUGUAAAAGGAUGAGAAUAGCUAUAUAAACAACUUUUGAUAGAAGUAUUAUAUUUUUAUAGUUUUGUAAGCUAACAUCCAUGGGCCAACGAUGGCCUAAGUCUUUAUUAAUAAUAAUAAUAAAAAAAAAAAAAAAAAAAAAUAGCUUUCCUUAUGUCCUUAUAUGUAUACUAGUGGGAAAGGUAUCGCUAGUGCGUUGGACACAUUAUACAGUAUGUAUUAUAGAACGUAUUUACAACGAUAUAUUUACACUGUCAUUACAAAAGUUGUGUUAAUAAUACCACAGACUAUAUAUUCAUCGAUUUAUAUUACCGCAUACACAACAAACAUUCACUCAACCGUGGCUAAAAUAAACUAUGCUUCAUUCUCAUUCACACGGUUAACGUUCGUUAAACUCCUUUGAAAUAACGCUGACACAUUUCUCGAGUAGCGGCACGUUCGGAUUACGCGUUGAAAUAAUUUAUAACUUUAAUCUCACAAGUUUUGAUUAAGUGACUAUGAAUUCUCAUACUCUUUCUCACGGCUUUGUAAAAAAUAUAAAUCUAUACAAAAAGAAAGAAAGAAAGAUAAGAAAAAAAAAAAAGAAGAAAAAAAGUGAUAAAAGCUGUACGGCUACGUUUAAUUAAUUAACAUAAGUUCUCGCUCUAUUGCACGUAUAAAGUUUACUCGAAUGAAAGAUACGCACUCCGUCGUGAUCCGGCAUCAUCAAUAUUAGUAUUACUCGACAAUCUUGAUCCCCUUCGCACGGUAAUGACGAUCCUAUAAAAUCGUCCUAACGAACUUUCUACUUUCUACGUACAUGUUCACUAAUACGUUUACAUUCUGCAUUCACGUGCAUAGAAAGUAGAAUUACACAUAUUAUAAUCUUAAAUAAUUAAUAAUUAAUAAUAAUUAUUUAAGAUUAUGAUUAGGUUGGUCUAGUAGCUAUUGUUACCUUAAUAUGAUUGAAACUGUGGGAGUCGGAAAAGAAAUUUAAUUAAUAGAAAUCAAAGAUGAACGAUGUUUUAUUCGAGUAACAGAUGACGAAUAAAGUCAACUUUGUUAUUUUGUUUGAUUAAAUAAUUACUCGUGUGUUCGUUCUCCUUAAAGAAUACUCAUUCCACAGUUCGAAUUCUAAUUUUUAUUUCUGGACUAACGAAUCAAAUCAACAUGUAAUAAUUAUCCGAUUGGACAAUUAAAUUUACAUUUGUUCUUUUGCAAAAUAUUUCACGCACGAAUCUGCUACGAGUAUUACAUACAAUGUUCUCGGUCACACGAUGAGACGGUUUACUUACAGACAUAAAUAAGACUAAUUACAAGAAAUAUAUAUAUAUAUUUUUUUUUUAUUUUUCUUAGCCGGCUCAUAAAGAUACUUUCCGACGAGCAGGUAAACACAAGCACGUGUGCUUCCCGAUGGGAUAACAAAACAAGAGAGAUAGAGAGACUGUUCUUCAGAACGAUGCUUUCUUUCUCGGACUAUAACAUCGGAAGUUCGAGUCAUUAAAUUAAUAUCACUAAACGAUAUAUUAACCGACUGAACGUUUGGAUGUUAUAUGAGAUAUUUGAAUUGAUUUAAAAAAAAAAAAAAUAAAAAAAAAUAAUGAAACGAUCCGGAAUGUCGUUAAAUUACCCCCGACUUUUACGAAUGUAUAUUACAAUGUAUCCACUAAAACCGGACAAAUCAUGCGUCGGAUUGCACGUCGAUUCAUUGAUCGGAAUUCUCCAUCUCACCCUUAGCAGCACUUAUUACAAUCGUUAGUACGGAAGCACUUGUUUCGAGAAUUACGCUAUCUACUAGUCGAAAUUUGGCACCAGACGACCGAUGUUGUUUUUCUCUCUGCGUUGUUUAAAGCCGGCGACUGACUUGCAACAGAACGCUUUAAUGUAACUGCUCGGCACGAAUUUUACGGUUCGGCACCAGCGUUACAUUACAAGAUCGUUUCUGGAAUCACGAAUGCUCGCUUCGAAAUCUCGGCUGAAUUCUCUCUCAAUUAGAGAUGGCGUGAACUGCUACUUUUGAAUCACUCGUGAUUCAAUCACGUUCAUUCACAAUCACGAUGAUUUUUCACAGUGAUUCGUGAUUGUUCGUGAUCGCUUCUAAUUGGUCGAGAACAUUCUUUUCACUUUCACGAAUUAUGUUGUUCUUAGGUUAUACAGGGUGUCCCAAAAAUGUUGUAACACCUUGAAAGGGGUGGUUCAGGAGGUGAUUUGAAACAACUUUUUCCUUAGCGAAAAUGUUGUCCGAGGCUUCGUUAAGGAGAUAUUAACAGAAAACCCCGACCAAUCAGAGCGCGAGUAUGCCGGUUGAGCGUAGGCUACGCGAUAGGCGGCCGCGCUCAUACGCUACCAAGGCCGCUCCAUCGACAUACUCGCGCUCUGAUUGGUCGGGGUUUUCUGUUUAAUAUCUCCUCAACGAAGCCUCGGACAACAAUUUCGCUAAGGAAAAAGUUUUUUCAAAUCACCCCCUGAACCACGCUUUACAAGGACCUCCAACAUUUUUGGGACACCCUGUAUAUGUAUUAUAAUAUGGUCUAAAAGCAAUGUUAACAUAAUUUUAAUACAAUUUAAAUUUGACUCAUUAGUAGUUUCUUGAAUUUCCGCUAAGGGGAGACAGUGAUACACUAACGAUAAUAAUUAACAUGAACCGCUUCUGAAACGCCAUCUUUCGGAUCACGGUCGUGAUCGAAGUUUAAUCACGACUGCGACCGUGAUUCUGUGAUCACGGUGAAAAAUCAUUGUUAGUGAUUUUUCACGCCAUCCCUACUCUCAAUGCUUCCUACUCAGUUUAGUAAAAAGUAGAUGAUCAAAGAGGUUCGUCAAAAAAAAAAAAAAUAUAUAUAUACGAACGAAAUCUAUAUAAGUGUACAAAGUUUCAAUGAAAUUGGUGAGUUGAAGGUCUUGCACUCUCCUUGUAAGCGAAUGCUCGCGUUAGAUUACAAUGUUCUGUUGCAAGUCAGUCGCCGGCUUAAAAUUCCGCCAUCGAUCAACUUUAACCCUCGCCAUCGAGCACUGGCGAAUAGACAUUGGAAUAAACCCUUUGCACCCAACGAUAUUUUCCUUGGGACGAGAUUAGCAAAUCCAGACAAAUGUUUGUCAAACUUACACCUGACGUGAAAUUCUUCAAACAAAAGUGAAUCGGUAGGCAGUUGGCAAAAUGCUGCGAUGACGAAAAUUGAAAUACCGUUUUAUUUAAUAUGAAAUCAAAAUCACCUCGAUGUUUUUGAUAACGCUAUAUACAAUUUUUGUAUGCAUUAAUAAAUUCAUUACUCUAUUCUCUUAACAAAAAUAUUAACGGUCUUGGAUAAAAGAACUGAUUAGUUUAAAAGUUAUGAAUUUUUUCUACAAAGAUAUAUA